AUGGAUAAGAAAUAUUCCGAAGAGGAUAUUGACGCCUUAAUUAAGCACAUGGUUGAGAAACGUCCUAAAUUGGUAGCCGCUCUCAAAAGCUAUGAUCGCCCUGCGGCAUAUCUAAUUUUCACAGGGCACCUUCCCGCUGGCACAGAUCUCAGCCACAUGGGUCUGAAAAUCACGGAAGCACUGGACGCAGAUCAGAAGGAGGCAUCACGUGACAAUUGCCUAUGGGCCUCAAUGGUGUGGAAGUGGCAAGAACAACCUAGCAAGUGGUAA